AUGCUAGAAAACUUCCAUACAUAUUAUUGUGAUGUUAAGGACCUCUGCAAAUUAACCAAUCUCCGACAACUAAGAGAAGCAAGAAUGUGGGGGAGACAUGAGGAUAUCAUCAACUAUCUCUUCAGCAUCAGCAACCCAAAUCAACAGCUCCUCCGCCACUUUCCCUUUUGUAUUCGUGACUUCGAUGUUUUCUCUGAGUCGUCAACUCUUCUGACAGAAUUAUUGGGGUGUCACCAUCUUCAUAAACUGGAUAUACAGGGGCCUAUACGAGUGUUAGCACCACCUGCUGACCAUCAGAUGAAUAUCUCUUUGUACUCGAGCAGCAGCCUCACCCAGCUAUGCUUCGAGGGAUCUCUACUUAAGGAAGACCCUAUGUCGACACUGGAGAAGUUGCCUAACUUAAGGAGCCUCUACUUAGAUGAAGCCUUUGUGGAGGAAAAAAUGGUUUGCUCUGCAAGAGGAUUCCCUCAAUUAAAAUAUCUAGAACUCAAAGGUUUGCACAACUUAGAGAUGCGGAGAGUGGAUGAAGGGACUGUUAGGGGUUUUCUAGUUUUUUCAGGGACCAUGCCCAAUCUUUCUUCUUCGAAGUUGCAAGAAGUUGAAGAUGUUUGCAGAUGA